CGCGCGUGAGGUGCUGCGCCCGAGGAGCCUCACCACUCUUCAUCAUCCUCCUCUCUCUCUCUCUCUCUCUCUCUCUCUCUCUCUCUCUCUCCCCCCAUGGCGAGAAAGACCUUGGCUUGGUAAAGGACAUCGGUGGCUGUAAUUUGUGUUUUGUCAUUAUUUAAAUCGCUCUCGGCGCGCACUAAUGGUGUGUUUGCGGUAGGUUAGCGCUGUGAAAUGUGGUGUUUCGAUCAUGGCACGGGGUCUGAUACCGUGGAUCUGGCUCAAGCGACCCGUUUAUAUCCAGGCCCGGUUCUCUUACCUACACAUGAAGUACCUGUUUUUUUCCUGGUUGGCUGUUUUCGUGGGAAGCUGGGUGGUGUACGUGGAAUACUCUUCAUACACAGAGCUGUGCCGUGGACUUGAGUGCAAGAACACUAUUUGCGAUAAAUUCCAGAAGGGGGUGAUCGAUGGUUCAGCCUGCAACAGCUUGUGUGAGAAGGACACUCUUUAUUUGGGAAAGUGUCUCUCUGCCAAACCAAGUAAUCAGGUAUAUUCUGGCAGUUGGGGGGAUAUGGAAGGAAUCAUAAAGUGCCAGAUGGAGGAGGACCCUCAUUACGAUUUGGGUGCAGAACUGGAGCCCCGAAAAGAAUCUGCCUCCUUUAACAGGCCGACCAAAGGGACAUCAAUGGAAAAGUUCAAAGAGAUGGUCUUCAGCCAUCUGAAGGCAAAAGUGGGAGACCAAGCCAGCUUAGCAGAUCUGGUGACCCUUGUGCUUGGAGUUGCAGACAGCAACAAGGACGGCCAGAUCUCCCUGUCGGAAGCACAUUCUGCUUGGGCUUUACUGCAGCUGAACGAAUUCCUGAUGUCCAUUGUGCUGCAGGAGCGAGAGCACACUCCCAGGCUGCUGGGCUUCUGCGGGGACUUGUACGUGAUGGAAAAGGUGCCUUACGUACCCCUCUAUGGCGUCAGCCUUCCGUGGCUGGUGGAGCUGUGGAUUCCGAACAGCCUGCGACGGAGCAUCGACCAAUGGGCCGCCCCAUCCUGGCCUCGCAAGGCCAAGAUAGCUAUCGGUCUGUUUGAGCUCGUCGAGGACCUCUUCCACGGCACGUUCGGAAGUUUCCUCAUGUGCGACGUGAGUGCUGCGGGGUUUGGUUAUACAGAGCGCCACGAUAUAAAGGUGGUGGACGCAAGGCGUAUUGUUCCGGAAGCUGCUUUUCAGGAAGUGAUGCGUGAACGGCGGUGCGAAGAGGACAGUGACUGCACGUACGGACGAGACUGCCUCACUUCCUGUGAUCUCACGAAGCACCGCUGCACUACGGAGGUCACACAGCCCAAUCUGGCGAAAGUAUGUAGCACACUGAAGAACUAUCUUCUGUACGGCGCACCAUCAGACGUUAAAGACGAACUGGAGAAACAGUUAUACGCCUGCAUUGCUCUCAGAGGCGCCAGCGAACAGAUGGAAAUGGAACACUCCUUGAUUCUCAACAACCUCAAAACUCUGCUUUGGAAGAAGAUAUCUCACACCAAGGACUCGUAAUGAUAUAUAGAACAAAGUUAUUGUUCUUAUACAGAACACAAGAGAUAUGAACAAGGGAUGGCAUCGGACCAUCUAUGGAUUGUCUAAUAUGAUUAUGUAUUUUUAUUUUUGGUCUGCAUUUGCAGAGUACUGUUAAUAUAGCCUUCGUGGCACCUUGUUUUGGUACUUCGCCCAAUCUUGACUCAAUCCCAAAUUAUAAAAGCUUAGGCUGCAGAGAGAUACUGCCUCUGCUAAUGCAUGUCCCUCCACUGCCAAGAGAAAAUGACAAAUUAUAAUUCUUCCUGCGGAUUCUUGUUCGGGAAACUGAGACAAUCAAGCUGUGUCUAGUCCAGAGGUUUUCAAACUUGAGACGCCUAUUUAGCAGAAUAUUGUUUUUUACAAAAUGUUUUUGGGGCAGUCUAAAGACAACAUAAAUUGAGAAAUAUGUUGACAUUUUUUAUUUCAUUUUACUUAAUUUUUUAAUGAUUUCUAAAGAUUGGUCAGAUUUAUUUUUCUCAAAGUCCAGGUAUUAAAUCUAACUUUUAUUUUGAUGGUGUAUACAUAUUACUAUUCAGUAGAAAGAAAAAAAAAUGUUCUGAAUCUAAUACAAAAUAAAUACCGUAAAUAUAGACUUUUAA